AUGGCAGGCCGCAGUUUCAUCGCUGGGCUUGCGGUUUUGUUGAUCGCCGCAGCCAUUGCCGCCGAACAAAGUCCCCUUCAGGAUUUUUGUGUGGCCGACCCGAGUAAUGCAGUUCUGGUGAAUGGCUUGGCAUGCAAGGACCCUAAGACGGUUCAAGCCAACGACUUCUUCUUUAGCGGGCUUCACUUGGCGGGCAACACGUCCAACGCGGUCGGGUCGAGAGUGACUCCGGUGACCGUGGGUCAGUUGCCGGGGCUCAACACCCUCGGCGUCGCGGUCGCCCGCAUCGACUAUGCUGCCUGGGGCAUCAAUCCGCCCCACACCCACCCUCGCGCCACCGAGCUCCUGACGGUCAUCGAGGGGAGACUUGAGGUCGGGUUCGUCACCUCCAACCCGGAUAACCGCUUCAUCUCGAAGGUCCUCUCCAAAGGCGACGCGUUCGUCUUCCCCCAGGGGCUCAUCCACUUCCAGAGGAACAUUGGGAAGACGAAGGCCAUCGCCAUCGCUGCUUUCGGCAGCCAAAACCCCGGUGUAAUCACGAUCGCGAACGCGGUUUUCGGGUCAAUGCCCGACAUUGCAACCGACGUCCUCGCCAAGGCAUUCCAAGUGGAUAAGAAAUUGAUUAGUCAAAUCCAGUCAAAAUUCUAG